GAGCUCAUUGAAAACCUGAACAAACAUAGGAGGAGUGAAAGGUGUUCCCAGUUGGCAAAUUGUUAUCAGUAAAAAAAGAAAGUGAAAGAUGGAUGGAGCUUUAUGAAACUUUCUCACAAAGUUCUUAAAAGCAGAGUGAACUCACAUCCUGCAGUCUUGGAGGAACCUGGAGAAAGUGAUACUGACACCAACAUGAGCUGGCAGUACAGAGGUCAAAAAUAUAUAAUGUACCAUGGGACCACCAGGGAGGCUGCUAAAGCCAUCAAGCACGAAGGUUUUCGUCAGUCUGCAGGCGGGAUGCUCGGCAGCGGCGUCUACUUCAGCACAGACCUGGAGAACGCUAGCCGCUAUCCCCUCGGUCACCCAGAGUUUGACAAGGUCGUCAUUAUGGUUGAGGUCCACGUGGGGAGAGUGAUAAAGAUCGAUUAUCAUGGCCAUCCACUUCAGAAGACCUGGCAUGACCAUGGCUACGACACCGCCUGGGUGCCACCGGGGUGUGGAAUGGUGAUGAGCGGUUCAGGGGGGGAUUGUGUCUGGGAUCCCGAUCGCAUCAAGUACAUUAAAACAUUACAUAGCAGUGAUACUGACACCAACCUGAGCUGGCAGGACAGAGGUCAAAAAUAUAUAAUCUACCAUGGGACCACCAGGAAGGCUGCUAAAGCCAUCAAGCACGAAGGUUUUCGUCAGUCUGCAGGCGGGAUGCUCGGCCGCGGCGUCUACUUCAGCACAGACCCGGAGAACGCUAGCCGCUAUCCCCUCGGUCACCCAGAGUUUGACAAGGUCGUCAUUAUGGUUGAGGUCCACGUGGGGAGAGUGAUAAAGAUCGAUUAUCAUGGCCAUCCACUUCAGAAGACCUGGCAUGACCAUGGCUACGACACCGCCUGGGUGCCACCCGGGUGUGGAAUGGUGAUGAGCGGUUCAGGGGGGGAUUGUGUCUGGGAUCCCGAUCGCAUCAAGUACAUUAAAACAUUACAUAGCAGUGAUACUGACACCAACGUGAACCAGGGGUGCAGAGGUCAAAUAUAUAAAAUGUACCACGGCACCUCCAGGAAGGCUGCUAAAGCCAUCAAGCACGAAGGUUUUCAGCAGUCUGCAGGCGGGAUGCUCGGCCGCGGCGUCUACCUCAGCAGAGACCUGCAGAAGGCUAGCCACUAUCCCAUUGGUCACCCUGCGUCUGACAAGGUCGUCAUUAUGGUUGAGGUCAAUGUGGGGAGAGUGAUAAAGAUCGAUCAUUAUGGCCAUCCACUUCAGAAGACCUGGCAUGACCAUGGCUACGACACCGCCUUGGUGCCACCCGGGUGUGGGAUGGUGAUGAGCGGAUUGGAGGAGGAUUGUGUCUGGGAUCCCGACCGAAUCAAGUACAUUAAAUCCAUAAAACUACACAAAGAUGAAGAUAGAUGAGAGCAGUCAAAUGUCAGGUUCCUGCCUUUUGGGGGAAAACAGAUGGUUUAAAAGCACCAAAUUGAAAAAAUCAUUGCCACUAUGCCUAAAAGCUGCUGCAUUGCAUUUUGAUAGAUAAGAAAGAUAAGAUGUACUUUUAUUGCCACUGAAGGGAAAUUUGUUUUGGAAAAUUUAUUGAUUUUAUGAUUGUUUAAUUUUUAUAUCAUUGGGGUUUUUCCUAUUGUGCAAUCAGAUGAUAACAGUGGGGGACAAACUAGUGGUGGUGGCUGCUGCUGGAUACCCGGAGCGUUAUGAUUCAACCAACAGUUGUUACCAUGAUUUGAACAGGAAACAGCAGGCCUGGAGGCAAAUUAGUGUGGUACUUGUCUCUGAGGAGAGAGGAGGAAUCUCUGAUGAGCCAGGAGCCAUGAGGGAGGAUACAUGAGAGCAGCCUUCACGGAAAUCUUUUACUAGCUGAUGCUUCCUUAUUGGAGAUCAGUUAUUGCAGCCUUAACUAUGUUUCACCUGCAGCAGACAUUCAGCGGAGACGGAGAGAGAAAGAGAAUAUUGGGACAGAAGUGUUGACAUGAUAUAAAAGCCUUUCAUCAUAAAGCCUAACAUUACUCUGCAGAUAUGUAGUGUAUGACCUACACUGACAGACUAAAGUCUCUGUUAAAGGAUCAUUUCUGUAUUUAUAACCUGGGCCUUAUUUUAACGCAUAUUGGUGUUGAAAUGACUAGUAGGUACUAAAGAUUUUGAAUCCGUGCAGGAGAUGCUUCAGCUGGCAGCUAAACUAGCUGCAGUGGCUGCAACAUAUUCUUUUUGCCAACGACAGGCUCAGACUGUUACCAGGUGUCUGACAACAUCAUGGGAAGGAUCCCGACGAGGGAACCGCGGGGACACCCUUUGUUUUUAACAGGAAACUGAAGUCUCACUCAAGGACAGUUCUCACUCUGAAAUCUUGUGAGAGGCGAGUUGUUACAGGAAGACGACAGCUAAAGCCAACUUUUUGUACCUACUAGUCAUUUCAACACAAACACUUCGACUUCUAAAGGGGGGCACGAGAGAAAAGGCUUGAGAACCGCUGGUCUAGCUGCUGUGGCUGCUUUGGCUGUCUGCUGUGUGAAAUGGUGCAAAUUGUUGGUAAUAACUAUUAGAUAAGUCAACCUGGCCAUUCAAAUGAAUACAAAAAUCAUUAAUAUUACACACUAUUUAGUAUGACGUCUUUAUAUAGACUGUCCUCGUCUCUGCGUCCCUCUGUAGAGGAGGCUGUUGUUCUCUGGCAUUAUUUAUGUAAGAAAAAACAGCAAAUAAAAGGUUAAGAUCGCAGUUAAAUUUUUUUGCUUUACUGUCAACAAAUGUUUUCUAAAAUUCUGUGAUUUGUGAUUAAAGUCAUGUCGUGAAUUUGUGAACACAGUUAUUUUUUGGUCCUUUUAAAAGGUCACAGAAAUAAAAAUGUUAUAACGAA